AUGUCGAUUCCAAUCCCCUCUCCCCCUUCCGUCCCCUUCCUCGGACAUGUCACCAGCAUCGAGCGCGAAGUCCCCAUCCGCUCCUUCCGUCUCCUCGCAGAGCAGUAUGGCGAGAUCUACAAGCUCAAGAUGAUCAACCGGGAGAUUAUUGUCAUCAAUUCGUACGCGUUGCUCGACGAGGUCUCCGACGAGAAGCGGUUCAACAAAAAAGUCAUCGGCGCGCUCGAUCAGGUCCGGAACGGAGUAGGCGACGGUCUGUUCACUGCGCACGCUCCUGGAGAGCAAAACUGGUACAUCGCGCAUCGCCUCUUGAUGCCGGCGUUCAGCCCCGUCACCACCCGCGGUAUGUUCGACGACAUGAUGGACAUCGUCUCGCAGCUCAUACUAAAGUGGGAGCGCUUCGGGGUCUACCAUGCGAUCGAGCCUGCAGAGGACUAUACGCGCAUGACCAUGGAUGCUAUAUGUCUGUGUUCCAUGUCUUACAGACUGAACUCAUUCUACCGCGAGGGCCCACACCCCUUCGCGAAGGCGAUGGCAGACUUCCUCAUCGAAAGUGGGCUCCGUGCAAACCGCCCCGCGUUCGUGCGCGCGAUGAUGAGCGGCUCGAACGCCAAGUACGAGGAGGACAUGCGCGUGCUGCGCUCGCUCGUCGACGAGAUUAUUGAGAACCGCAAGGCGCACCCGACGGAGAAGAAGGACGUGCUGGAUACGAUGCUCUAUGGGCGCGAUAAGGAGACGGGCUUGGGUCUGCCGGAGGAGAACAUCAAGUUCAAUCUGUUGACGUUCCUCAUUGCUGGCCACGAGACGACAUCCGGGAUGCUGACAUUCAUCACGUACUACCUCCUCAAAAACCCCGAGUGCCUGCGGAGGCUCCGCGAGGAGAUCGACAGCGUGAUCGGCGACCGGCAGAUGACCGCGAACGACCUCAACCGCCUGCCGUAUCUCCUCGCGGUGAUGCGCGAGACGCUGCGGCUGAGCCCGUCCGCGCCGAUGCGCACGGUCUCGCCCCUGGAGGACACGACGCUCGGCGGCAAGUACGCGGUCGAGAAGGGCGCGACGGUCGUCGUAAAUGUGAUAGUCGUGCACCGCGACCCGCGUGUGUGGGGCGACGAUGCGAACGAGUUCCGGCCUGAGCGCAUGCUGGAUGGUAAGUUCGAGGCGCUGCCGCCGCACGCCUGGCAGCCAUUCGGGUUCGGUAUGCGCGGCUGCAUCGGCCGCCCGUUCGCGUGGCAGGAGGUGCAGAUCGCGGUCGUAUCCAUCUUGCAGAAGUUCGACCUGACGAUGCAGGACCCGUCGUACGAGCUCGAGCUCAAGCAGACGCUCACGAUCAAGCCGCACAAUUUCCGCAUCUACGCGAUCCCGCGCUCGCGCAGGCCGCAGCUGCCUGCGCACCCCGCGUCCGUCGUCCUCCCACCCCCCGCCGAGGUGGACGAGAAGCGUGAGAAGCGCCCGCUGUAUGUGCUGUAUGGCUCGAAUACGGGGAGCUCGGAGGCGUUUGCGCAGCGGCUUGCGUCAGACGCGGCCGCGCAUGGCUUCCGUGCGACGAUUGGGACGCUUGACUCUGCUGUGGAGCAUAUCCCCGCGGACGGGCCGGUGCUGAUCGUCACCGCCUCGGUUGAAGGCCAGCCGACGGACAACGCGGCGCACUUCGUCGCGUGGAUCUCGCAGCUGAAGGAGCGCGAGCUCGAGGGGGUCAAGUUCGGCGUGUUCGGGUGCGGGAACCGCGACUGGGUGCACACGUAUCAGCGCAUCCCGAAGCUGUGCGACGAGCUGCUGGACGCACAUGGCGGCGUGCGGCUUGUUCCCCGCGGCGAGGCGGACGCGAGCGGGGGAGAGUUCUUUGACUCGUUUGAUAAGUGGGAGGCGGAGACGUGGGAGAUCCUUGCGAAGGAGUAUCGCAUUGCUGCUGCAGAGAUUGGGGAGGAGGCUGCGGGAGUGCAGGUGCAGAUGGUCGCGCAUGCGACGGCGCGUGCGGAAUUGCUGCGUCAGCCUGAUGCUGCCCUGGGUACGGUCGUCGCGAACAGGAUCCUCACGUCGCCGAAUGCGCCUGUCAAGAGACAUCUCGAGUUCAAGCUCCCGGAGAAUAUGACGUUCCGGGCGGGCGAUUACUUGGCGAUCUUGCCGACGAACCCUCCCAGGGACGUCCGACGUGCCAUCGCUUAUUUCGGCCUGUCUCCCGAGCAGGAGGUUACUCUCACGUCAGCAGGGCCAACCUCCCUGCCCAUGAACAAGCCCCUCAGUCUGUACACCCUGAUUGGGGGAUACGUCGAGCUGUCGCAGCCCGCCACGCCGCGCGACCUGCGCAUCCUCUCGUCCACCGCAAGCACACCUGCCGCCACCGAGGCGCUCAACGCGCUCUCGUCGUCGUACUCUUCCGAGGUGUUCGCCAAGCGACUCAGCGUGCUCGACAUCCUCGAGAGCACGCCGGGCAUCGAGCUGUCCGUCGGCGCGUUCCUCGGGCUGCUGCCGCCCAUGCGGAUUCGACAAUAUUCCAUCUCGUCUUCGCCGCUCGCCGACCCGGGCUGUGCCUCGCUCACUAUCAGCGUCAUCGCCGCCGCGGCCAUGUCUGGGCGCACGGAGCCGUUCCUCGGCGUCGCCUCGACGUACCUCGCGGGUCUGCGUGCCGGGGACAAGGUGCAGCUGACAGUGCGCCCCUCCAGUGCGGAGUUCCACCCGCCGGCGGAUCCCACCAUCCCGCUGGUGCUGCUCGGCGCGGGGUCGGGGCUCGCGCCGAUGCGGGGGUUCUUGCAGGAGCGGGCGAUGCAGAAGGAGGCGGGGCGGGAGGUUGCGAUCUCCCUGCUGUUCUUCGGCUGCCGGGCGCCCUCGGAGGACUACUUGUACGCGGACAGCGACUUGAAACAAUGGAAGGAGCUGGGCGUCAUCGAUGUCCGUCCCGCGUUCUCGCGAGCCUCGGGGGAGUCGGAGGGGUGCAAGUAUGUUCAGGACCGUGUCUGGCACGACAGGGCAGAUAUCACGGAGGCGUACGGCCAGGGAGCUAAGUUCUUCGUGUGCGGCUCGAGCAAGGUGGCUGCGGGGAUCAAGGCGAAGCUGACCGAGAUCAUCAAGGUGAACCGCCAGGUCGACGACGCGGAGGCGGCUGAGCUGUUCGGUAGGGCCACUAAAGGCCGGUUCGCUACCGAUGUCUUUGAGUGA